UCACAAUCUUCCUCCAUCUCAAAAAUUAAUACUCUCUCAGAGUCUCACAAGAAAUGUUCACAGAAAUGAUGAAAUUGGAAGGAGAAAUCCCAAACUUUAUCAUGGUUUGGAUUUUGGUUGUGGCAUCACUAUCCUACUGUCACACCGUCGGCAACCUCACUUCUCCCGGCACCACCAGACUCCUCGCCAUCCUCCCCGUCGUAUUCUUCUUCUUCUACCUCCCUCUCAAUCUCACCACCAUUUUUCUCGGCGGCCCAUCGUCUUUCUUCCUCGCUUGGCUUGCCAACUUCAAGCUCCUCCUCUUUGCCUUUAACAAAGGCCCCCUCGCCACCACCCCUCCCACUUCCAUCUAUCAUUUCAUCCCCUUAGCUUGCCUUCCAAUCAAAUUCCGAAACGACCCCAAAAACCCUGAAAAGAAGACGGAACGUCCAGCGCAAAGAAUUUCUAAUUCAAAACCUCUCCCAAAAGGCAAGAAGUCGACUCUCAACUACGUGAUCAAGGCUUUGAUUUUUGCAACGUCAGUACAAGUGUACCACAAAAAACAGUUUAUUCACCCUAAAAUCUUACUCUUCCUCUACUCCAUUUACAUGUACACCGGCCUUGAACUUAUCCUCGCCUUGGUCGCAUCCCUGGCCCGAGUCUUCCUUGGCGUUGAUUUCGAGCCGCAGUUCGACGAGCCCUACCUCGCCACCUCACUCCAGGACUUCUGGGGACGCAGAUGGAACAUCAUGGUGAGCAAGAUCCUCCACCCGACGGUAUACGAACCCGUCCGGAAAAUCUCCACCCGUGCCCUAGGGAAAAAGCUGGCCCCACUACCGGCAGUAAUCGCGUCGUUUUUCGUAUCGGCGGUGAUGCAUGAGCUCAUCUUCUAUUACAUUGGACGGACGUGGCCCACGUGGGAGCUGACGUGCUUCUUCCUCCUCCACGGAAUAUGUGUGGCCGUUGAGAUUGUGAUCAAGAAGGCUUUUGACGGUAAGUGGCGGUUGCCUGCCGCUGUUUCGGGGCCAUUGGCGAUGGCAUUUGUGGUGGCGACAGGGGUAUGGCUGUUUUUGCCGUCUCUUAUGGUGCGGUGUGAAGCGGACGUCAUGGCGUACAGAGAAUAUACUGCAUUCACUGAGUUUAUGAAAGGUGUUAGUAACUUUGUUAAAGUUAAUUCUUCUUUCUUGAUCGUAGCUGGAAAAUAGAAGAAGCACUUUCAUAUUGUAUGAUUAAUUAGUUAGUGCAACUGAGGAAUCCCAGAAUUUAAUAAAUUAUCGAAGUUGGAAACUUUGUAAUUUUGUUGACAUGUAUAGAAAAAGUUAUUUACUGCUUUUA